AUGGAUGCAAAUUCUGAAUCAGAAGAUCGAAAUUGCAAUGUCCCUAUGAAGAACAUCAAUGUUAGCGUUAGCUCCAAGCAAGAAGGGCAUAACAACAAGCCUAAGCGUCAAAUGAAGACACCUUUCCAACUAGAAACCUUGGAAAAGGCUUAUGCAGUGGAAACAUACCCAUCAGAGGCAACAAGAACAAAACUAUCUAAAAAACUAGAUCUCACAGAUAGGCAACUGCAAAUGUGGUUUUGCCAUAGAAGGCUAAAGGAUAGAAAGGAGGACAAAAGAGAUGUCGUCACGACCAAGAAACAUCGUAAAGAACCAACCUUGCUCAAGAAGUCCCCUCUGUUGGAGUUCCCUGUUGAUCAAGAACUCAAUAUAGAUGACAAUGAUCCCGAUCCAGCUGCCGAAAGUGACUAUGAAUCUCAAUGUGGCUCAGGGUUCAGCUCAUUUGUUGAUGCUGCAGAUACCAGCGGUGUGGCUAGUUUGGAUAAGUACAUGUCCAUGUCCAAACCAUACCAUCAAUCAUCACCAUUGCUCUCUUGCAAGAAGCUCCAAGCAAUUUCCUAUGUUGAAGCACAAUUGGAUGGGCCAUUAAGGGAAGAUGGGCCGGUUUUAGGGUUUGAGUUCGAUCCAUUGCCACCUGAUGCAUUUGGAGUUUCGAUAGGUUUAACUACUAUAGUUACUUGUCAUGUUGUUGUACAUUUCAUUUUCAAAGUGAUCUUACCAAAUUAUGAACUUCAUCUCAGGGGUCGACAAGAGUUGAAGAAGAGAGCUAAUCGUUUAAUUCCCAGAAAUUCUCCCCCUUUUUUUGAACUUUUGGUUUCUGGGUGUUUCCGUGAUCCGGGAAACCCUAAUUGGAAACUGGGGGGGUUCGAGAUGGAUUCGAAUUCCGACGGAGAAGAUCGGAAGCCCAACAACAAGGGCUCCGGCGGGGAGGGGCAGAGCAAGCCGAAGCGUCAGAUGAAGACUCCUUUCCAACUCGAAACGCUGGAGAAAGCUUAUGCCUCGGAAACAUACCCAACUGAGGUGACGAGGUUAGAGUUAUCUCAGAAGUUAGGUCUGACGGAUAGGCAAUUGCAAAUGUGGUUUUGCCAUAGGAGGUUGAAAGACAGAAGGGAGGAGAAGAAAGAAGAGAAAAAGGACAUCACCCCGGCAAAGAAACCACGAAAAGCUCCACCUCCCUUGCCGGACUCACCUGUCGAGGAACUCAAGCUUGCAGUUCCUGAUCCUGGGAGUGACUAUGGAUCUGGCUCGGGUUCCGGUUCCAGCCCGUAUAUGGAUUCAAGGAAAAUGGUUGUGGAUGAUGUGCCAAUGUCAAGGGGGUACUUCGACCCAUCUCCUCAGUCAGCUAUGGAGCUUAGAGCCAUUGCAUGUGUGGAGGCACAAUUGGGGGAGCCUUUGAGGGAGGAUGGUCCUAUUGUAGGAGUGGAGUUUGAUGCAUUGCCACCUGAUGCAUUUGGAGCCCCAAUAGCAGCUGUGGUGGAACAGCAGAAGCGAUACCCUUAUGAUGGAAAAAUACUUCAACGGCGUGAGGGGAAAUCAAAAAAGGCCUCUGCAAGGGCUCUUCACGAGUAUCAGUUUCUCCCGGAUCAGUCCAGCAUAAGACCUGACACAUAUGGACAAGUUGCUCAGCAUUCUUACCAUGAUGUGCCAGCUGAUACUCUUAGGGGAAGAACUUCACCAUUUGUACGUGGAGAUGAGCAUUUACCCAGGAUUCAUGAUGUCCACACUCCAGUGUCACGUGUACGUCUCUUAUCUCCACAAGAAAACAAGGGUCAUCUUCCAUCAACUCAUUGGGAUGAUGAUUAUCUUUUGAGAUCAGAACCUUUCCCGAACCAUAGAAUAAAAGCUGAAUCUUCCAGUCACCAUAUGGCAGCACCAGAAAGUACACACAUGUUCCAUGAUGCCAAUGUCUUCCAGAGUGAAGCAGAUAUGCGCACAGAGAAGAAACGCAAAAUAAAGAGUGAAGAUGCUAGACUUGCCAGGGAAGCUGAGGCGAAUGAGAUUCGGAUGCGCAAAGAGCUCGAGAAACAAGAAAUUAUGAGACGCAAGAAUGAAGAGCGAAUAAAGAAAGAUAUGGAGAGGCAAGACCGUGAAAGAAAGAAGGAAGAAGAGAGAUUGAUGCGCGAAAGACAACGUGAGGAGGAAAAGUCAUUGCGUGAACAAAAACGCGAACUAGAAAGGAGGGAGAAGAUGUUGCAAAAAGAGUAUUUAAAGGCUGAGAAGCAGAGGCAGAAAGAAGAGCUAAGGAAAGAGAGAGAGGAAGUUAGACGUAAAGCUGCUAUUGAGAAAGCAACUGCACGGAGGAUUGCCAAAGAGUCUUUGGAUCUUGUUGAGGAUGAACAGUUGGAGCUCAUGGAAUUGGCUGCUGCAAACAAAGGGUUACACUCAGUGGUUCAACUAGACUAUGAUACUUUGCAAAACCUGGAUGUAUACAGAGAUUCCUUAUGCAAAUUCCCACCAGAGUCGGUACAGUUGAAAAAGCCAUUCAGCUUUCUGCCUUGGGUAGAUUCAGAAGAUAAUGUUGGAAACCUUCUGAUGGUCUGGAAGUUCUGCAUUACUUUUGCUGAUGUCCUUGGGUUAUGGCCAUUUACCCUUAACGAAUUUAUUCAAGCAUUUCAUGACUAUGAUUCAAGAUUGCUGGGUGAGGUACAUGUUGCUCUUAUGAAAUUAAUCAUCAAAGAUAUAGAAGAUGUUGCAAGGACUCCGAAUGGAUUGGGGACGAACCAGUAUUCUGUCUCUAAUCCCGAAGGUGGACACCCACAGAUCGUUGAAGGGGCAUACAUGUGGGGCUUUGACAUACGCAAGUGGCAGCAACUCUUGAAUCCAUUGUCGUGGCCUGAAAUAUUUCGGCAAUUGGCCUUAUCUGCAGGAUUUGGGCCACAGGUGAAGAAAACGAAUGCAGCAUGGCCACAUGCGAAGGACGAGAUCAAAGGUUGUGAAGAAACAGUUUCAACGUUACGUAAUGGAUUGGCAGCUGAAAAUGCUUUUGCCUUGAUGCGAGAAAAGGGUUUAUUAAACCCACGGAAAUCUAGGCACAGACUUACACCUGGCACUGUCAAGUUUGCUGCUUUUCAUGUUCUUUCACUUGAAGGAAGUGAGGGACUAAAUGUUUUAGAACUUGCAGAUAAGAUUCAGGUGAGUUUCUCUACUGUCGUCCCCUUCUACAGUUUGUGCAUUUGUCCUGAUAUAUGUCCUGUGCUACAGAAAUCCGGGCUUCGGGACCUUUCAACAAGCAGGACUCCCGAGGCAUCCAUAUCCGUUGCUUUGACAAGGGACCAGAAGCUUUUUGAAAGGGUCGCUCCUUCCACAUAUUGUGUGCGGACUCCUUACAGAAAGGAUCCUGCAGAUGGCGAGGAGAUAAUUGCUGCAGCAAGAAGAAAAAUCCAAGUAUUUGAAAACGGGUUCUUAGGCGGAGAAGAAGACCCUGACGAGGUUGCUGAUGAAGUUGAAAGAGAUGAUGACUCUGAGGGCGAAGUUGAUGAGGAUCCCGAAGUCGAUGGUCUGACUAUUACACCAUUGAGCCCUAACAGACAUGUUGAGCAAGUUAAUGGAGUCAUCAAUACUCUUUUGGGGAAUGAGAUUGAUGAUGGACAAGAAAAUGCUCUGUUGGAAAUUGGGAAUGAUGCUUAUACGCGUGCUGGGUCUCCUUCAUUAUUCUUGAAAACUGAAUCCGAGAAUGAAUUCUCACCAUUCCCUCUGAAUAAUGGUUCCAGAGACUUGAGUACUCCUGGGACCACCAUGGACCAAUCUGUUAUCCAAGAGGAUGUCUGGGUUGGUAGUUAUACGAAGGAAGAGAAUCCUGAGAUUGAUGAAAGCAAGUCUGGUGAAUCAUGGGUACAAGGACUUACAGAGGGAGAUUAUUCUCAUCUCUCUGUUGAAGAGCGUCUGAAUGCUGUUUUUGCUCUCGUCAGCAUUGCGAAUGAGGGUAAAAUCAUACGUGCUGUUCUUGAGGACCGUUUGGAAGCUGCAAAUGCUCUUAAAAAGCAGAUGUGGGCUGAGGCACAAUUAGACAAGAGUCGUUUGAGGGAAGAUGUUAUGGGGAAGUUGGACUUGCUAUCGGGUAAAUUUGAUGCCCAAGUUAGUGGGUAUGCAACUGACAGCAUCAUCCAAAGUCCAGUCCGUCAAGCUGAUGGCUUUAAGGAGGCUUCUCAAAGCUUGGUAGAAGAACAAAAGUCACUGCUUGCAUCUGAGCAUGUACAGAAUGACAAUGCUCAUGCCACAGACAGAAAUUUGGCGGUUCAUGAUCCCUCCUUGAGUUUAGAGCACUUCCCAAAUCAACAAUCUUCUAGUUCCAAAAGGUUCAGAUCACAACUAAAAGCUUAUACGGCCCAUAUAGCUGAAGAUACUUAUAUAUAUAGGUCACUGCCGCUCGGUCAAGAUCGCAGACGUAAUCGUUAUUGGCUGUUUGUUGCCUCUGCUUCUGUGAGUGAUCCUUGUUCUGGCAAGAUCUUUGUGGAACUACAAAGUGGGAAAUGGAGGGUUAUUGAUUCUGAAAAGGAAUUUGAUGCCCUUUUGUCAUCCUUGGAUAGUCGUGGGGUCAGGGAAUCCCAUUUGCGUAUAAUGAUGCAGAAGAUCGAAGCAUCAUUUAAAGAUACUGUCAGGAAGAGCUUGUCAUUCGACAAUGUUGCACGUCCAAUCAUUGAAAACGAAGCUUCUGAAAGAGGCUCCAGUCCUAAUGGCUUAGUCGGUAUUGAUAGCCCUAGCAGUUUGCUUUGUGCUUCAAACUCUGAUACACAGGAUAUAUUUUCGUUCUUCCAAAUUGAGCUCGGGAGAAAUGAAAGAGAGAAUAAGGGUGUAUUGAGAAGGUAUGAGGAUUCGCAGAUUUGGAUGUGGAAAGAGUGCCUCAGUUCAACGGCGUCAUGUGCAAUGAAGCAUGGCAAGAAUAGGUCUAGACAACUGUUGGAUGCCUGUGAUCUUUGUCUGGACUCGUACUUAUUUGAAGACCACCACUGUCUUUCUUGCCACCAGACAUUUGACAGUGGCAACAGGAUGUUUAGCUUUGAAGAACACGAAACUAAAUGCAAUGGAAGUAAUUCAUCCUAUUCUUUGAAGAGCAGUGGCAACAGGAAGCUGGACUCUAGGGACGACCAUGGAAGUAAUUCAUCCUUGCCGGUGGGAAUCAGACUGCUCAAGACUCUGUUAGCUACGAUUGAGGCAUCUGUCCCAGCAGAAGCUCUCGAACCAUUGUGGACAGAGAGCCGUAGAAAGACUUGGAGCAAAAAAUUGGCAAAAUCGUCUUCAAUAGAAGGACUUCUGCAGAUGCUGACAGUGUUCGAGAGUGCUAUAAAACCAGACUUCUUGUUGCCUAAUUACGAGUCUACAAAAGAAUUACUAGGGACACCUACAGCAUACUAUGACAAAACCGAUCUCAGCUCAGUUCCUGUGCUUCCUUGGAUACCCAAAACCAUGGCAGCCGUGGCGCUGAGGCUUUUCGAACUUGAUGCUUCUAUAGUUUACGUAAAACAGGAGAAGUCUGCAUCUUCCAACUACAACUCUGCUAACGCUGUAACGAAGCUUCAUUCAGGAUACACUUCAGUGAAGAACAAAGAGGUUGAACUCACGGAAAGGAAAGAAGACUACUUCAAUGAAGUCGCCAUCAACCCACGGAGCAAUAAGCGUAACAUGGCUAAACCUCGACGUAGGAACCACGAUCAAGGACGUCGGCCCAAAGUGCUGAGAAAAACACCUACUCAGGCAGCAAAGAGGAACAGUUCGAAGCCGGCGGUGAGCAACUUCAACCAAGGUGUGGGAGGAUCGAGACAGCAGCAUGGACACGAGGUGAACAUUCAAGGAACCAGUCGGGGCCCACGAACAGUCCGGAAGAGGAGAGUCGAGAACGUGAUUACCGGAGACCAACUACUGCUCGGCAGCAUGUCCGAGAGUAAGGUUCCGCCGCCUGCCAAGGCUGGCAGGUACAGUGGAAGUUAUGAGAUUGAGGACGAUGGGAUGGAAGUCGAUGACUCGAGUGACGAUGACAGCAACAACAAUAGUGAUGUCAGCAGCUCGGAAGAGUCCGAGGAUGACAAUCCUGCAGAGGAGUAUGAGCAAGGAGGUUGGAACAACCGAGGGUUUGAUGAUGCAGGCCCUUCCUCCAAUGGUUGGAAAGACGACCUGAUGGAAGAUGGCAGCCCCAAUAGUGACGAUGAAGAUCCCCGGCCAACCAUGCCCGGUAGUGAUGGAACAAGUGAAGAUGAAGAAGAUCGAGAUGGAGAUGCUUAUGGUGAUGAUGAUGACGACGAUCCUGGACGUGGAAAUGGGGACUCCUUUGCAUAUGCAUCGGGCGAGGAAAACGAAAAUAUGAUCGAAGACGAUGGCGUGCCAGUCUACCGGGAUUCUGAGAAUGCAGGAAUGAGUGAUGGGUCGGACGAACAGCGAGUGGUCGACGAUGAUAAAGCUGUGGAGAGGAACGAUGUUGAAGAAGAAGAAGGUGACGGUGAGUCAGAUGGCUCGGAUUCUGAGGAUUAUAGCAGCGAUUGAGUGAAUUGGUGAGAAGCAGUUUUGCCCUUUUCGUGAGGCUGCAUGAUAGUUUUUAAAGGUUGCAGCUGUGACAAAAGAAGAGAAUCCCAAACCGCUCAUAUAUAGCAUACAAGUUAGCAACGUAGAGAGUAAAGGUUUUGCUAGAUUUAGGCUUUUGCCCAUUUUGUAUUCAAUUGUUCCUAGUUUGUAUUCUAUUGAAUUGAAAAUGGCAACCCUCUUCUUUCUAUAUUAAAUACUCCGUUUAAUACAUGUAUAUGUAUCCGUACAUACUUUAUCCGUUUAAAACUUCUAUAUCCGUAUUAUUGUCAAGUCGUUUCAUUUUUUCUUGUUCAUUUGAUGACUUUGAUGGCUUCCGUACUAAACACGUAUAAAACAUGUAUAACACAUUUAUUAUCCGUAUUUUUCAAAUUAAAUUAUUAACUUUAUUAUUAUUUAUAUAUUUACUUAUUUUUAAAAUGAUUAAUUUUAUAUAUUUAUGACUAUUAACGUACUAUUAAACGUAAUUUUAGCUUAGAGACAAAGUAUAAUACCCGUAUGUAUUUUUUACGUACGGUUUUUACUAACUAGGCUAUAUAUGCAAUAUUCCAGAGAGAAUCAGGAUCUGGUCUAGCCUGGCCCAAUAUU